CGAUAUGACACAAAAAAAAUUCCACAUGUUGCUUGGGAUUUAAAUUAAACAAUAUCACCAUAUGGUUUCAUUGUUUAUCGCUAACGCCAGAAAGAGAUGAGAAUAUGUUAUUAGAUUAGAAAUAUGUGAUACUUCUACCUGUUACAAAAACCAAACAUUACAACUCGACAACAGCUGAUUGUGGUUCCUAAUUUCGAAAAUAUUUAAAUUUUAUUUGCGUUAUUAUGCAUUUUUAAUUAACUAACAUGUUCUUCAAAGUAUUCGUAAAAAAUUGCACACUAUUAUAUUACCAACAUGAAGGUAAAUUCGCUAAAUUACGGAAAUACAGCCCCGUUUUCACGGGAGCCGUGGCGUUUCUAUCGAGCAAAUCUAAAUCGAACAUCGACACUGACGAAUUCAUGGCUUUGCCCAUCACGCCUCUCGACAAACUCUCUUCGAGCCCUAAUGACAUGAAAUCCAAGAUGGAAUUGAUGAUACUCAGGGUGCAAAAGGAUUUCUGCCGAGCCCUGGAAGCCGAAGAAGACUGUAACAAAUUCAUCGUCGAUCGUUGGGAGAGAAAGGAAGGCGGAGGAGGUGUUACCUGCGUACUGCAAGACGGCAAAGUGUUCGAGAAAGCCGGUGUUAAUAUUUCGGUCGUAUCCGGGAACUUACCGCCUGGAGCUGUGGCCCAGAUGCGAUCUAGAGGUAAGAAGUUGGAAAACGGGGAUCUUCCGUUCUUCGCUGCGGGUAUAAGCGCUGUAAUACACCCGGUGAACCCGAUGGUGCCUACCAUACAUUUCAACUACAGAUAUUUCGAGGUUAAAAGCGGCGAUGAGGUUCAGUGGUGGUUCGGAGGUGGGACUGAUUUGACUCCGUACUACCUAAAUAGAGCAGAUGCUGUACAUUUCCAUCAAACAUUAAAGACCACUUGCGACAGACAUGACAAAUCCUAUUAUCCUAGAUUCAAGAAGUGGUGUGACGAUUAUUUUAAUAUACCUCAUAGAGGAGAAAGAAGAGGAGUCGGUGGGAUUUUCUUCGAUGAUUUAGAUGAGCCCAGUCAAGAGCAAUGCUUUGAGUUUGUUAGAGACUGCGCGAGAGCUGUGAUACCCUCUUACAUUCCUUUAGUUCAACGACACAAAAUAGCCUCUUAUUCGAAGAUUGAAAGAGAAUGGCAAUUACUGAGAAGGGGUAGAUACGUCGAGUUUAAUCUUAUAUACGACAGGGGUACAAAGUUUGGUCUUUACACACCAGGGGCUCGUUAUGAAAGUAUUUUAAUGUCGUUGCCUUUGACUGCCAGAUGGGAAUACAUGCACGAACCUAAGGAAAAUUCACCGGAAGGUGCUUUAUUAGAAGUAUUAAGAAAUCCUAAAGACUGGGUGGUAUAGCCAACCCCAAGGACCUGGCAAAUGAGUCUGUAUCCAACGAUUGUACAUCAAACACCUCUUUAUCUUUCAUUAAAAACACUGCUUUGGCGUAGGACACGAAGGCUCUUUGAGCAGAAUCUUUCAACGAAGGAUCUUUAGCCAGAAAUGCUUCCAUUUUUCUCACAGGAUUGUUCAGUUUCAUAGGAUUAAUACUGAAAACAAAACGGUUAUUGAUUGAAUCAAUAAUAAAUAUUAAAGGUUUUACUCUAUUUUAUCUAUGGGAAUUUUCUUGUCCUUCAAUUUAUCAACCAUGCUCACUUCGCUGGGCAACAGCAUGAGUAAACUUUCUCCGCCUCUGUGAUAUCUUGCAGUCCUGCCUACUCGAUGAAUAUAAGUUUCUGGAUCCUCCGGACAAUCGACCUGCACGACCCAAUUAACUUCCGGAAAAUCUAGACCUCUUGCUGCCAAAUCAGUCGAGAAUAAUAUAGCGGACUGUUUGCGACAAAAAUUCUCGUAAAUAUCCAUUCUACGCAGUUGAUGUAAUGUACCGUACAGCGCCAUUAAACUACUUCCCGGGCGAAGUCUAGAAAAAAAUAAUAAUUAAAAACCUCAAUUAUAUUAGCAUAAGAAACCUUACUUGCAAAAUAUUUCAUAAGUAUAUUUAACUUGUUUGCAACUGGAAAAGAAAACCAUGAUUUUCUUGUUCGGAUGGUUCCUCAAAAAACUCCAGAGAAUAGCGAUUUUAUCUUUCAAUUCGCACACUACAUAACUCUGCGAGAGGCCCUUCGGAGUGCUGAAUUCCGAGUGCUCAUGUACGCUGAUGUACGAUGGAUCCUUCAAGCUCAGCCUUGCUAAAUCUUUAACGGAUUUAGUUUGAGUCGCCGAAAACAGCAAGGUCUGCCUCUUAGGCGGUAAGUUAGCUAUAAUCGCGUUCAUUGUUUGUUCGAAACCCAUAUCUAAACACCUAUCUGCUUCGUCUAGCACCAGAACUUUCAUGUUAACGCAAUCGAAAAGGGGAUUCUGGUCCAUGUGUUGGAGAAGACGGCCCGGUGUGCAUAUGACUAUAUUACAUUGAUCCAUUCUAUUCCUUUCAAACUUAAGGUCUUUACCACCUGAAACAAUUCAUAAUAAAGCAUUUAUCGAACCAACUAAAUUAAAUUACUUGCCUAUAAUUAAACCAGCUGAAAAAUCAUGAUGCUGUCCAACGUUUCGUAAGGCCUCGAAAAUUUGAUAAGCCAAUUCCCUCGUAGGGGUGAUAACUAAGGCGCCUAGUCCAUCUAGAUUUGUCCAUUGUUUGGUGAAUAAUGUUUCUAGGACUGGUAUUAGAAAUGCCAAUGUCUUACCGGAGCCAGUCUGUGCAGCACCUAGAAUAUCUUUACCUUGAAGAGCGAGCCCAAUAGUUUCCUUUUGUAUUUCAGUGGGUUUGUGGUAACCCGAUUCGCGAAGACCUUUGAGAGUUUUCGCUGAUAAGGGGAAAUCGGUGAAUUUAUUUACUUGGGCAGGAUCGAUCUGUAAAAUGAGAAAGUAGGGAAAGCUAUUUGGAAAUUUUACGUACUCACCUCUUCGUAUUUAGCCACAAGUUUUUCUAUUAUUACUGAUUCUGGAUCGUUUUUCUUUUUAUUUUUAGGGAAUGCGACAACUUUCUUUUUGUUUUUGCCGUUCUUUUUAGUCUCUGGUUUUGAAUUAACUUCUACCUCUUC